CUUCUUCUUUCCUCUCUGGUCGCAACGGGUAAGAGUAGUUCAGGAAACAAAAAGGAAGAGAUCUCAGGAAGACUACUAUGCAACGGCGAAGAACGCGUUCUGGCUGCCUCCCGUGUCGCACCCGUCGGCGAAAAUGCGAUGGGGCACAUCCACGUUGCCAAAAUUGCACCUUCCACGGGCGUCGAUGCCAGUGGGGCCUGAAAGCCUCGUUCCAUCACUCACGAAAUCUGACACUAUCACGCACCGACGCAGCGGACCUUGCAAAUCAUGAGCAAGGAUCCUCAACCCCGCUAAGACGUCAUUUGAAGGUUAUCGACGAGACGGAGACGACGAUCCGAGAUUAUAGCUUCCUACAGGGUCCUUCCUCUCCACCCUGGAGCCCGGAGUCUUCGCAUGACCGAAACCCCCCGUUGCAGUGCAGCACGGCCAACUCUCUCGAAGCGCUGCAGGGACGCAUCGCUCGCCCGAAGCCGGAUAACAGCGCGCUUGUCGUGGCUGGCCAAACCUGCACCAGUCCCCCUUCUCAGCCCCACACAUUGAGUGGUAUCGUGCACAUCGCGGAGGAUGAGACCCCCGCUAACAGUCUGGUGGCACGGUCCACCUUUCAGGAUCUUGAUCAGACCAACGGCUCAUCGGAGACGCCGCCAUCCCUCGGCCCCAGCUACAAGUCUUCAAGCACGGCCAACGCGCGCCACUCGGUCGCAGGCAUUGAGCCCAACUCUGAUACGCACACUGCGCCUUUCUCGCUCGGGAAGGCUUGUUCUGGAGACAUCUCUGUCCUGCCUGAACCACCGUCUCCGGUUUCUGAGUCGGAAAAACUUAGACUAAUUAGCUUCUACUUACGCGGAACAGGAACUUGGUGCGAGACCACCGACUCUGAUAGACAUUUCACAGUGUUCAGUAUCCAGGAGAUGAUGAAGUCAUCAGCGUUCGUCGCAGCAGCAAUGUCUCUCGCCUCUCGCCACUUAGAUCACCUUCAACGUAGACAGCGCUCUGUCACGCUGGAGCUAUACCAGCACACCAUCCGUCUGCUGCUCCGGCAAGACCCCGCCCACGCCGACUCCUCUAUUCUGGCGACAUGUACACUACUAUGUGUCUACGAGAUGAUGGCGUCGGGUGUGGAUGAGUGGCGACGCCAUUUAAAGGGGUGCGCCGGCCUUCUUCAGUUGAAGAAGUGGAAUGGGUGUAGCCCUGGCAUUGUGAAGCCUUGCUUCUGGGCCUUUGCGCGAAUAGACGUCUGGGCUGCUUUUGUCACCCGCAAGAUGACCCUGAUCCCCGCCCACUUCUGGAUGAACGAUAUUUCCCUUGAGUCGCUGGCCGCCAAGGGCAAGGUGGACGACUACUGUAACAUGGCAAAUCUGAUUUUUGCGAAGAUCAUCAAUCUCUUGGCGAGUUCUUUUGGUCGUAACAAUGUUGACUUGGGGGAGUCGAUGGCGGCUCUGUGGGAUGAAAUGCAGGACUGGUACCGGCUUCGGCCGCCGGAUGUCCACCCGUUGUUGCGACAGAAUCCAUCCCCGGGCAGCGUGCUUCCUACGAUCCUACACGCUCGAACAUCGGCUAUUUGCGGCAAUACGUAUUACCAUGCAGGUUCGAUCCUGCUUUUACAGACGGGGGCUGUGCAACUUACCCCUGAUGCGCCGCGGAACACACAAGUCGAUGCCAUUUGGCAUGCACGCGAACUAAUGGGCAUCUCCACGUGUAAUCCAUCUCAUGCAAACUGGGUCAACCAUCUGCAACCCCUAUACAUCGCAGGAACUGUCUUCGCGGGGUACUGCACGGCCUUUCCACCGUCGAAGCACAGCCAGUCGCAGGAUGUGCCGAGUUACCAAUCCGCAGCUCAGCAGCCAGGAAGUCGAGAUUUUCUGAGUCUUCCAGGGAUCGGGGACCGUCUCGCUCAAGAAUCGACCAUGGCGGAGGAAUACGCCUCCGAGAAGAUCUUCUUGCUGAAACACCUCUCGCGGAUUGAAGCUGAAACUGGGUGGAAGACUUCCGAUCGUGCCGCCGAGCUGAGGGGGCUUUGGGGUCUCGGGUAGACCACGUAGAUGAUCCACGGUCUGCCUUCCUGACCGACCCUACAAUAGACACGUCCUGAUGAGUACAAACGAUACAGAAGGUUUCCGAAUGAUGGCAUGAAGCCAGAUUAUGAUGAUUUUCCUUCAUAUAGCUAAACAACAAAAUCAGACUCAUGCAACAGGGGGUAUCGAGCGCCGAAUCCGUAUACGUGACACAUCAAUCAGAACCCUUGAACAAGAAGAAAUCUAAUGGCAUCGGCCACGUGUUCAGGCCAGAAUCUGAACCUAAUAUGACAAAAAAGGAGAAGAACCACCAUCUUAGAGGUGUGUUCCUUCUCAUAAUUCAUUCUGCUCCCAUUUCUCCAGGUAUU